GCCCCGGAGGAGGGGUGGGAGGGGGUUUAUUUUUGGUUUCAGCGAGGGUCAAACCAAGGAGAGACGCUGAAGCAGCCGGUUCCUCCUCCACCUCAUCGAUCCUUCAUCUCCUGGAGCUGCUUUGGUUCCACCAUGACUGCUGGGAACAUGGAGCUGUUUGAUGCCGGGACGAAAGGCCGAGGCCUGAGGGCCAGGAGGGACAUCAACACCGGGGAGGUUCUGUUCGCAGAGCCCAGUUAUGCUGCGGUGGUCUUCAACAGUUUGGCCUCCCAGGUGUGCCACAGCUGUUUCCGUCGUCAGGCCAAUCUACACCGAUGCGCUCAGUGCCGGUUUGCUCAUUACUGCGACCGGACCUGCCAGACGGCGGGCUGGGAUGAUCACAAGCAGGAAUGUGCGGCCAUCAGGAAGUCUGGCUCGGUUCCUAAUGAGAACGUUCGUCUGGCAGCUCGCCUGUUGUGGCGCAGAAAUAGAGACCAGGGUUUGGCCUCAGACAGCCAGCUGGUGCCAGUAGAUCAGCUGCAGGACCACCUCACGGAUCUGCCUGCAGGGGAGCUGGAGAAGCUGGAACUGGACGUGCGUAACUUCCUGAGAUUCUGGUCCUGUGGAACCAAGCAGCACCCUUCCGAAUACAUCAGCCACAUCUUCGGGAUUAUUAAAUUUAAUGGGCUGACCCUGCAGGAUCAAAGAGGGCAGGAGUCUGUUGGUUUGGGACUUUUUCCCAAUCUGAGUCUCGUUAACCAUGACUGCUGGCCCAACUGCACUGCCACCCUCAACCACGGAAACCGAUCAGCUGUGAGCUCCACCCUGCACUCACCGCUUAGGAUGGAGCUCCGAGCUCUGGGGAAGAUCUCAGAAGGUGAGGAGCUGACCGUCAGCUACGUGGACUUCCUGAACCUGUCGGCUGACCGUCAGAAACAGCUGAAGGAGCGUUUUCAGUUGGACUGCAGCUGUAAUCACUGCACCCAGCACAUCGGCGACGACCUGAUGGCAGCAGCUGCAGAAGAAAAGCCUUCUGCUGAUGUGGUUAAAGAGGUCGCCGCCUUCAGUAAGGAGACCCUGGAGAAGGUUGAGAAAGCUCGCCACGAUGGAGACCACGGCCAGGUGUUGAAGUUGUGUCAGCAGUGUCUGGAGAAGCAGGAGAAGGUCCUGGCUGAGACACACCUGUGUAAGCUCAGAGUGCUCUCUGCACUCGUUGAGGUGCUGUCCUACCUCAGGAAGUUCUCUGAGGCGGCGGAAUACGCUCGGAAGAUGCUGGAAGGUUACAGGAAGUUGUAUCCCCCUUAUUACCCCCAGUUGGGUUUGGCCCUGAUGAGGGCGGGGGUCACUCACUGGCACGCAGGACAGGUGGAGGUGGGACAUAAGAUGAUCUGUAAGGCCUAUCGCAUCAUGAUAGUCACUCAUGGGCCGAACCACUCCAUCACCAAAGACCUGGAGUCCAUGCGGUCACUGACCGAGCUGGAGCUGAAGGCGCUGAAGGAGAACGUUUUGGACAUGAAGAACCUGCAGAUGACCAGCAGCAGCUCUGCCGAUGAAAGCAGCAAGGAUUUCCUCCGCAAGCAGUGAAAGAGUCGAGGCUAACAUUUUACUUCCAUAACAACAUCCUGUAAAAUAUGGAAAAUAUUUGCAAUAAAACUAAAACCACUCGUGUUGUAUU